AUGUCUUUCCGCACGCACAUGACUUUCUGUCUUCUUCUCUCCUCAGAUCUGUCUUGACCCCAAAAAAACCAAUCAAUAUCCAUCUCCUUUCUUCUUCUACAACGGCGUUCAUGGACGGUGGCUCAGGUCAACCGGCGGGUGAUACCGAGAUGUCGGAAGCUUCAGGCGGUGCGGCUCGAUCUCAGGUGCCUGGGAUAGAGAAUAUACCGGCGACUCUAAGCCACGGAGGGAAGUUUAUACAGUAUAACAUAUUCGGUAACAUCUUCGAGGUCACCUCUAAAUAUAAACCUCCCAUCAUGCCUAUUGGCAAAGGCGCUUAUGGCAUCGUUUGUUCUGCUAUGAACUCUGAAACGAAUGAAAGCGUUGCUAUUAAGAAAAUUGCAAACGCUUUUGAUAAUAAGAUUGAUGCUAAGAGGACUCUCCGUGAGAUCAAGCUUCUUCGCCACAUGGAUCAUGAAAAUAUUGUUGCAAUCAGAGACAUAAUACCACCACCGCUAAGAACCUCUUUCAAUGAUGUUUACAUCGCUUAUGAGCUAAUGGACACUGAUCUCCAUCAGAUCAUACGGUCUAACCAAGGCUUAUCCGAAGAGCAUUGCCAGUACUUCCUUUACCAGAUCCUCCGUGGAUUAAAGUACAUUCACUCCGCAAAUGUGCUUCACCGUGAUUUGAAACCGAGCAACCUCCUCUUAAACGCAAACUGCGACUUAAAGAUCUGCGAUUUUGGCCUCGCUAGAGUCAAUUCCGAGAGUGACUUCAUGACUGAGUACGUUGUCACGAGGUGGUACCGUGCACCAGAGCUGCUUUUGAACUCUUCUGACUAUACUGCUGCUAUCGAUGUUUGGUCUGUUGGUUGUAUUUUCAUGGAGUUAAUGGACCGUAAGCCACUCUUUCCUGGUCGUGAUCAUGUUCACCAGCUUCGCUUGCUCAUGGAGCUCAUAGGAACACCAUCAGAACAAGAGGUUGAGUUCUUGAACGAAAAUGCAAAGCGAUACAUGAGACAACUUCCACCGUAUCCUCGCCAAUCCAUCACUGAUAAGUUCCCAUUGGUGAAUCCUUUAGCGAUAGAUCUUAUCGAGAAGAUGCUAACGUUUGAUCCUAGACGGAGAAUCACAGUUUUAGACGCGCUGGCCCAUCCCUACUUGAAUUCUCUGCACGACAUCAGCGAUGAGCCAGAGUGCACGAUACCUUUCAACUUCGACUUUGAGCAGCACGCGCUCUCAGAGGAGCAGAUGAAGGAGCUUAUAUACCGUGAAGCGCUCGCUUUCAAUCCAGAGUAUCAGCAAUAGCUUGAAUGGGAUCAGGUUUGGUUUUGAUCUGAAUAACAUUCUUAAAGGGAGGAAACAUAUCAUUGUUUCUCUUCUGUGUGAGAGAUGCUUGAAGGGGGAUGGGAUCAUUGGGGGGCUCAAUCAUUAAGUCUUGUAAGGGUUUUUUUUCCUUCUCGUUUUUUUUUUCUUUUGUCUUCUACGUAUUGUAAUUUGCUCUCAUUUCUUGUUGCAGUUAUUAAGACUUAAAUUAAGAAAUAGUUUUCAUCUAUUACAUGAUGUUCCUUUCUAGCAUUAUAAAAAAAAUUGCUUUGUAAGAA